AUGGACUUUAUAUGGACAAUCGAUGAGAUUGUUGUCGGGCAAAUCACUCUCCAGGGACCUGUCUUUCCCACAACAAAUUCUCGAGCGGCCAAAGUGCCUCCUCCAAACGGAGAUGGUAUCAUUUGGACACCCGGACAAAAUUACGCUGAUGGUAGCGACGGAUCAAUUGCUCCAGUGACUUUUCAGCUUCCAAGUGAGCCUGAACCAGACUGGCGACUCCCGAUGAGCAUUUCUGCGACGAUUGCGUUCCCCGAGCAGUGGUACGACCAGGACUGCACGCUUAUCGGCUCCUUGAACGGCGUGCAGCUUGUUAAAAAUGAUGUGUUUCAAGCUACGCCAACCCAAAAUUGGACCUUUGAUGGAUUAAGCUUGCUCUCAACUUUGUCUUAUAUCAACCCAGCAAAUGCCGGAUACAGUUUCUUGAUCCCGUUCCGAACCGGUGGAGACUGGACUUGGACACUCCAGCUUGAGAUCGCUUUUGCGGUCUACGCUCUCCCGCCGAAUGAGGCCAAUCCUAACCCGCUCUGGCCUACAGCGGGUGUUCUCGAAUCCCAGCCCGAUUUUCGAAGUUCGUACCCAGUUGUAGUGCAGAGAUAUGCGUUUCCAAAUCUCGCACAGCUUGGGACAGCCCAAAACACCCUCCCCCAGGCCCUUCGUUGGUACAUUUUUCUCAUGGUCGCUACAAUAUGGAAUAUAGGUAAUGGAAACCCUCGGGUCCCCUUUAACAGCUAUAAUGGAACAUCUGGAUACGGCAUGGACGACUACGGCGGUGUAUUUGAUUUGACACAAUGGAGCCAGGGCGCUCCCGACGGUAUUAACAGCUAUGGAGAUGCUCCCCACUGUAACAGCCACGACUUAGCGCCAGCGAUGCAAUUUGGAUGUAACAGCUACGACUUAGCGGCAGUGCUGCAGUUAGGAUGCUCCGUCGCCCUGUCACCUACCGGAUCAGAGCUUUUGCGAUCUACCUGGGUCUUCCACGAUCCUCAUGGCUACGUUGUCCCUGGGGAGCUAUUCAGUCAGCCUCGGCACAUUAGAUGCAACAAUCCUUUCUACUUGAACCCGGAGUAUACUCGGGAUCCGACAUGUGAGCCCCAGGAUCUACAUCGGUCUUGGUUCCCUGAUAGUGCCUGGGUCGAAGUGCAAUUGGCAGGCCCGCAAAGCUUAGUCUUAGACGUUUCCCAUGCGGUUCAGCCAAACCCGCCGAAUGCUCCCAUCCCAGAAACCGGCACAAAUAAUAGGGUGCAAUAUCUUGCUUUGCACCAAGAUCCCGCUGGCAUCCAGGCGCCAACUCUCAAUGGGGAUGCUGAUAAUCGCACAGGGGGCAAUCCUGUCGGGAACCAGAAUCCCGACUAUCGUCUGCCUCGCAUCGGUGUCUUUGGGACCACUAUGGAUCCACCACCUCCGCCCGUUCCCGGGCCUCUCAUUCAAGGAGAACCCACCUCAGAUGGCAGAAAAUUUAUACAAGCGAGAACAAGCCAGCCUACCCAACCACCUCGGUUCACCACCGCCUCGCUCAGACAGCAGAUCCUCACUCGUCUUAUAUCAGACGCUCUUGACAGAGCUGUCACUGUAGUGUACAGCCAGUUGUAUCCGAAUCUUGAAUGUACAGCACGCAAUUUCGUAUUCAAUUCGGCACCCACCGGCCGUGGCUUCUAUCUCCAACUGUCUCUCAAUAUUCAGGUCCAUCAUACACCGGAAGGGGCAACCACGGCCCUAGCGGAUUAUCUUUCCUCUUUCUCUGUCAAGCCGCUUGCAAAGCACGUCCAAUCCACACCAACACCUCUCGGUGAUAUCUCGUUGCGUUGCCAGGAUACCAUCCUUUUAGUGCACGGUAAUGUGUACGCUAAAUUGCAAGUUAUCCGGGAUUUGUCACAACUUUCAAUUGCACCAAAGUCGUGCGAGGAAAAUUUACUCUCGGUAGCGGUUGCUCUGGACGCGCACCUAUCCUCGGGUGACACAGAUCAAACUAGCAUCCCUCGUGGUUCGGUCCCUUUUACUACAAAGCCACCAAAGAAAGUGAGAAAGGGUACAUCGUUCACGCUACAGGUUCCCAGCGCCCUCUCUGGGAAUGGUGCAAUGGAGUCUAUUAAGGAUGAGAAAGUCAUCGCCUUCGUGUCGAACCCGCAAGUGGUCAUGUCUUGCGGGCCCGCAGAUUCGGGAGGAUAUCUGACUUUUGCAGCUUUCAAUAAUUCAGGUACAGUGGAAAUAACGGUCAUUCGGCCACACGUUGAUACACUACUCCCUGUUGUCGCGGCGUUCAAGGUGGAGGUUUCCGAUACUGAGGGUUAA